AUGACGGAGAGCCAAUUCCCGCCGCGAUCGACGAGCCAGCACAAAGCCGAGCGACUGAGCGGAGGAUCGCCCCAGACGUGGAGCUCAAUCGAACUGGCAGGCAAAGCCAAUGCAUCUCCAAAGAAGAAAGUGCAAGCAAAGUUAAAUAACAGUGGGCAGCUGUCAGCACCGCUAGCUGAUCCAACAGUCAAUGCUCCUCGCAAGUUUUCUGGCUUUACAGCUACCAAGGCAGGUUCCUCUUCCUCCAGUCCUGGACCAUCUCCAGCCAAACUCACUCAGGGUAGCGCUUUAUCAGCUCAGCUAUGUGAUCCCAACCAUAAAGACUGCUUACUGCGGGAGUUCCGCAAACUUUGUGCCUUAGUCGCAGAGAAGUCCAGCUAUAACGCCAAGACCGAGAUCAUCAGAGACUUCUUAACAAAAGGCUCUGGUGGAGACAAAUUCCGAGGAGAUUUGUACCUGACAGUGAAGCUUCUCCUCCCAGGAGUGGUUAAGAAUGUGUACAACCUCAAUGACAAACAAAUUGUCAAGCUUUUCAGCCGCAUAUUGAAUUGCAGUCAGGAUGAGAUGGUGCAAGACUUGGAACAGGGUGAUGUUUCAGAGACGGUGCGGAUGUUUUUUGAGGACAGCAAGUCUUUCCCUCCAGCAGCCAAGAGUCUUCUAACUAUUCAGGAGGUUGAUGCUUCACUAAGCCGUCUGUCCCAACUCACAAAGGAGGAUGAUCAGCAGGCAGAGCUGCAGGAUAUUGCUAAAAAAUGCACCGGAAAUGAUCUGAAGUGUUACAUUCGUUUGGUCAAACAUGAUCUGAAAAUCAACUCUGGGGCUAAGCAUGUUUUGGAUGCUGUGGACCCCAACGCCCAUGAUGCCUUCAAAGCCUCUCGUAACCUGGGUGACGUAAUUGACCGGGUGCUACGGAACCAGCAGGAUGCUUCUAAUGGGACAGGGCCCAGAAAGAUCCUCAGCGUGGAGGCGUCUCUGAUGACCCCCGUACAGCCAAUGCUGGCAGAAGCAUGUAAGUCCAUCGAGUAUGCCAUGAAGAAAUGUCCUAAUGGGAUGUAUUCUGAGAUCAAGUAUGAUGGCGAGCGUGUGCAGGUCCACAAGAACGGCAAUCACUUCAGUUACUUCAGUCGAAGUCUCAAACCAGUACUCCCACACAAGGUUGCCCAUUUUAAAGAUUUCAUACCGCAAGCAUUUCCUGGUGGCCAUAGUAUGAUCCUUGAUGCUGAAGUUCUUCUUAUUGAUACAAAGACUAGCAAACCACUGCCUUUUGGGACUCUUGGGGUACACAAGAAAGCAGCUUUCCAGGAUGCUCAAGUGGGUCUGUUCGUAUUCGACUGCAUUUAUUUCAAUGGUGUCAGUCUUAUGGACAAGCCUCUCUGUGAGAGAAGAAAGCUUCUCCAUGACAAUAUGGUGGAAGUUCCUAACAGGAUUCUGUUCUCAGAAAUGAAGCAUGUUACGAGAGCUGCUGAUCUGGCAGAAAUUAUCACACGUGUCAUCAGAGAAGGACUUGAGGGUUUGGUUCUGAAGGAUAUCAAGGGGCAUUAUGAACCAGGAAAACGUCACUGGUUGAAGGUGAAAAAGGACUAUCUGAACGAAGGAGCAAUGGCGGACACCGCUGACCUCGUGGUGCUUGGUGCUUUCUAUGGCAAAGGCUCAAAUGGUGGAAUUAUGUCCAGUUUCCUUAUGGGAUGCUACGACCCAGAAUCCAAGAAGUGGUGCACUGUGACCAAAUGUUCAGGAGGCUAUGACGACGCCACCUUAGCCAGACUGCAGAAGGAGUUGGACGUCAUCAAAAUUGGCAAGGAUCCAAGCAAGAUCCCAGGAUGGUUGAAGAUCGUCAAGAACUAUUACCCAGAUUUCAUUAUCCGAGAUCCAGAAAAAGCACCAGUGUGGGAAAUAACAGGAGCUGAGUUUUCCAAAUCAGAAAUGCACACUGCAGAUGGCAUAUCCAUCCGCUUCCCACGAUGCACUCGAAUGCGAGACGACAAAGAUUGGAAGACCGCCACAAACCUUCAGCAGCUCAAGGAGCUGUAUCGUAUUUCAAAGGAGAACUGUGAUUUUGAGGUGACAGCUGGUCCGUCCAAAACUAGCCAAAAUGACAAGAGCUCCUCAGGAGGUGAGAGUGGAGGAAGCUCUCUCUCUGCAUCUCAUGGAGCUUCCACAGCUAACAAGACCAAAAACGGUCAUGCUCCCAAAGCAAAGGCAGUGAAAACAGAAUCAUCUUCUCCAGCAGUUAAGAGGAAACUACCCGCAGAGAAACAAGAUGCCAAGAAGAUAAAAACAGAACCCGUUCACAGCAAUGGACAAAGCAAAUUGAAGACUGUUCAAACAACUGACCCAAAAAAUGAAAAGACACUACUGGACAUUUUCACAGGCGUGAAGCUCUACCUCCCAGAGUCAGUGCAGGACUUUGAGAAGCUUCGGCGCUACUUCAUAGCGUACGAUGGAGAUUUGGCGCCAGAGUAUGACUCUGCUUCAGCCACACAUACACUGGGAGGGCCAGAGGAUGACUGUUCAGCCCAGAGGGUCACCUCCAACUGGAUCUGGGAAUGCAUCCGAAAGAGGAGGGUGGUUCCUCCCUGCUGAAUGAGGUAGAGAGACUGCUGGAAGGACACUACCACAAAGCUCAGGCAUUUUGUCCUAUAAUGACAUUGUUCAUUAGAGAACAGCAAACCGGUUUCUUCAGACUCGCAGCUACAGCAAUAACGAGCUGAAUGAACUUUUUCUAACCGGUGUCUCAGUUUCAUGUUUUUGUUAGCUUUACCACAUUGUGGUAUUACACACAUUGUACUAGAAAACUGUCUGUUUUCAAUUUUGUUGGUUUUGACAUUCUCAUUAUGGAUUCACAUAUUUAUCAUUUUUAAACCUUGGUGACAUUGACCAAUGCUGCCACUCAUGUCAUACGCUUAUUCUUCAAAGAGGUAGAUAACUAAUGAUUUUGAUUACUUCAUGAUACAAUGUCAUUUAUCUGUUUUGAAAAGGAUGUUUGUAUGGAGUAUGCUCUUGGGCACAGGAUGAGUAAUUAACAAUACAAUAGUAACAGCCGUAAGGCAUGAUUGUGGAAUGAAUAAUUGUGUAGAGUAAAUUGGGUAAGAGCCCUCUAGCUUAGUAAUGGUAGUUGUGUGUAAUUUCAACUGUUUAAUCAUUCUAAUUAAAACAAGCCUUUUGUGCACAAAGAAAUUUAUUUGUACCUGAAUUGUGAACACGCAACAGGGAACAGCAGUUCUGUUCUCCAACAUGAGUGAUUGUAUGAGU